AUGGCCGCCUCUGGCGGUGGGCUGGCUGCCGCUGCCUUCAUCGAGCUUUCGGAGAAUGGGGACGCCAACCCCGGCGAGACAGGCGAGUCACGCAUGCUCGAGAUCUCGCGGGAGGAGAUACGGAAGACGGCGGGCGAAAACGACGGGACCCUGCGCUGGUUACGGCGCCGAGUCUUGGUGAUCUUUGACCUCUACUUUUGGGAGCCCAUAUGUACCGGCUUCCGCUUUCUGCAGCUCGUGUCCAUAUUUGUGCCGGUUAUUAUAACCAUCCCCGCGAUAUGGAUUGGCAAGCACCUUCCGGAGCGUGACAAUGAGCGGACCGGGACAUUGUGGUGGUAUGGCUUCUUAGUCCAGGCCAUGGAAUGGGCCGGUCCGGCCUUCAUCAAGCUUGGUCAGUGGGCCGCCUCAAGGACGGACAUUUUCCCCAACGAGCUCUGUGAGAUCAUGUCGAAGCUUCAUGCCAACGCUCCCGCCCACUCCCUGCAUGCCACAAAGCGCAUAAUCGAGGAGGCAUUCGGUGGGCGCAGCUUUGAGGAAAUAUUUGACGAGUUUGACGAACAGCCACUGGGUGUCGGGGCCAUCGCCCAAGUCUACAAAGCAAAGCUCAAGCCCGGUCUCGCCCUGCCCGCGGAUAUCGAUGUUCCCAAGGACCACGCUGAUAUCCGUUACAACGUUCGAAAGAAUGUCGAGACCGUACUCAAGAGUACCCCGAGGCGGGUCCCGUCGUCGUAUGUUGCUGUCAAGGUUCAACAUCCCCGCGUCGAGAGGACAGUGCGGCGCGACCUUCGCAUCAUGCGGUUCUUCGCGUCUGUGCUCAACGCAAUACCCACAAUGGAGUGGCUGUCGCUCCCGGACGAGGUCGACCAAUUUGGGGUUAUGAUGAAACUGCAACUAGACCUGCGCAUCGAGGCGGCGAACCUAUCAAGGUUUCGGAAGAAUUUCAAGGACAGGACUACGGCAUGGUUCCCCUUCCCCUACACGGACUUUUGCACGCGGAAUGUCCUCAUUGAGGAGUUUGCACACGGUAUCCCUCUGGCCGACUUCCUGGCGAACGGGGGAGGUGUGUUCCAACAAGAUAUCUCUUCUGAGGGUCUUGACGCAUUCCUGCGCAUGCUGCUCAUCGACAACUUUGUCCAUGCCGACCUCCACCCAGGAAACAUCAUGGUGCGGUUUUAUGAGCCAGACCGACCUACAUUGCCAUUUCGGCACACCUCUGACGAGGUCGGCACUGGUCAACAGGCGGAUGUGACCGAGCAAAUUCUGUCGCGCCUGCGUCCUUAUCGCCAUAACAAAGACCUCUGGGAUGCUGAACUGGCAAAGAUCGACCACGAGGGCUUCCGCCCCCAACUCGUCUUCAUUGACACGGGACUUGUCACGGAGCUCAAUGACACCAAUCGGCGUAAUUUCCUCGACUUGUUCCGCGCCGUGGCCGAGUUCGAUGGUUAUAAGGCUGGCCAUUUGAUGUGCGAGAGGUGCCGUCAACCUGACCUCGUGCUCGACAAAGAGGUGUUUGCCCUGAAGAUGCAGCACCUGGUGUUGGGUGUCAAGAGUAGAACGCUCGCGCUUGGCAAUAUUAAGAUUGGAGACAUCCUGCAACAAGUACUAGGCAUGGUGAGGCAGCACCAUGUCCGCCUGGAAGGUGACUUUGUCAAUGUGGUCAUCAGCAUCCUGCUACUCGAGGGUAUCGGUCGUAGUCUGGAUCCGGACAUGGAUCUCCUCAGCAGCUCGCUCCCGAUUUUGAGGCAGCUUGGUACCCAGAGCGGAAAGGAUAUGGUCAAAGAGGGUGACUUUUCCAUGCUGGUGGUCUGGCUGGGCCUCGAGACAAGGAGAUUCAUGAGGGCCAGCGUUGAAGAUGUCGAGAGAUGCGUCCAAUACGAUCUCCUCUCUCCUAAUGUUUAA